GCCUGUAUUGCUUAUGUAUGCAGAUAGAGUAAAUACACGAUGCACCCGCUACGCGAGCGCAUCUGUGAUGAGGUGCUACAGAACCCGCUGCUGUCGUCCCCGCCGCCCGAGCCCGUGAAGCCGCGACCGCCACGCGAGCGCCGCCCACGACAGUUCAAAAUUCCUCCAAAAUUCUUCUUGCUUACUGAUGACUUCUAUGAAAAAUGGGUCAACCAUGUGAAACAGCUUCAAAUGAUGCAGCACAUCGUGGACGACCACCCGCCGGAGCUGUUCCCGGACAUGUACCUCAAACCGCGCCGUCUCAACUACUACGCGCGGCAGCUCGAGCAAAACAUGCAAGUCAACAAGGAUCUGCUCAAGAAGAUCAACAUCAUACAGAGGACUGGGGGCUUCGUAGACUGCUGGGCGCGGCCACAGCCUAACAACAAGCACAACAAGCUCAUGGUGAAAAAGCGACAACGCGACAUGGACGCAGUUCUAGUUACGAACCAAUACUUCUACAAUAGGCUGCUCAUCGCUCGAUCAGAACAGCCGCUGACAAAAGAAUUUGAUCACAUGUGGAAAGAUACGAAGCAAAAACUGAUCCUUGGGGCAUCACUACCGUUUAUAUUAUUUAAGACUGAAAAAAUAGAUCGCGGUGUCCACGAUCCCGCUUUUGACAAGCCUAUGAAUAUAUAUCGAAGCAAGGUGGCCCUGGACAUACGGGUGCUGAAUGGCUCUAAGAUUGGCAAGGUGAUGAUCGAGCUGUUUUCGGACAUAGCGCCGCGGACGUGCCAGCUGUUUCUAAGCCUCGUGAAAGGUGACAAACGCGGCUUCGCUUACACCGGCUGUAGGAUCUUCAGGAUCGUGCCUGAACUUUACUGCCGGGGAGGAGACGUGGAGAAAGACAACGGCUACGGCUGCUUCAUACCCGAAAGCGAAGUCGAGCCCUCCGCCCCCGAGAAUUUUGAGCUCAAGCACACCGUGCCAGGUGUGGUGUCUAUGGUCGUUACCUCGGGUAACGAAGUGACCGGCCAGUUCAACAUUAUUUUUAAGCCAUUGCCGCAGUUAGAUGGAAAGCAUGUAGUGUUCGGAAGAAUAGUAGCAGGCCCGGCGCAGUUCCUGGAACGGAUCAGCGCGCUGGGCUUGCCGCUGGGCACCACCACGUCCGACUGCGUCGUCCACGCCUGCGGUGCCUACUCGCGCAAGGGGCAGUACCGCGCCGGCGCAACCAACACCAGGACCUUCCCGCCGAGGCGGAAGAGGUGAACACCAUAUUGUCUGAAACGCUUUGGAUUAAUAAAACAGGCUUAUGGUAAACAAU